AUAUCUAGUCAGUUUUCCGAAUGACUUCAACAUUAUAUGUAGUUCAAAAAUAAACAUCCUGGCUCUGUUUAAAAUUUAACACACAUUUUGUUGUAUUUAAAUUUCGGAAUAUUUUGGAAAUUGUAGGCAAAAUUAAAGUUUCUCGAACAAACAAUGGCAUUAUCUAUACUGGUUGGAGCUUUAAAGACACCUGCGAUUCUACAACCCAUUAAAAAGACCAUAUUGACACGUCGUACACCAAUUCGUAAUGGCUGCAUUUUUUGUAGACCGGUUGUCGACUUUCUGGAAAAACCAAGUGUCAUAUUCUCGAAAGAUGCCAUUUCUCAUCAUUGGGGGGCAUUGCCCAUGAUAAUCAUUUGCGGAAUUGGAUUCACAUUGGAAGUUCUCGCUUGGAUACGAAUAGCAGCAACUAGGGAUGACGUUUGGUACACCAAAGGUGCAGCUAAUUGCGAAGUUGUUGAGACCCGUAAGGGGUAUCCCCCACCAAUUCGUAAGUUCAAAGUAUACAAUCAGAAAUAUGAGACUCCAGCGGGUCUGCUUGAAGCCCUGCAAGGUGAUACGCUAGGUCCCUCAUACAACGCCGGGAAACCAAGCUCGUCCAGGCCAAAUGCAUCUGACAUAGCCGUUCAUACCGCAGUAACGGCUGGAGCCGUUGGCCUGGCUAUGGUAAUGCUUUAGCCGGCGCGCACAACGAGAGAAAUAAAUUUAUGUGUUUUGUGAGGAAAUGUCAAAAUUGAAUGCAAAAGUCUCCAUAAAAAUAAAUCUUUAGCUUCAGUAACCCCCAA